AGACGUAAAAUUCUUUCCGUGCUUAUCCAUUUCGUCAGACCUUUCCUGACCGAUUAUUAUUUUCGCCGUUCGACGGACGGCAUAAAACAAACCUUCUUUCCACCGAAGCGGAUUACAUUUUUCUCAUACUACCGCCCGGUAGUGGAACGUUCCCGACGACAGUCAAUCGCAGCCGCAUAGAUGACGAGUUCAUUUUCAUUCUUUAAGGCCGCCUCAAGGUGGACGAAAAACCACAAGUUUGUAAGUACCUACCACCUAUGUACUCGGGCGCCUACUUAUCCUUGUGGGUACACAGUUUUUCACUCGAUACUCCCGUUUCGCGUUUGCCCAGCACGCUCGGUUAGUUGUACGUACUUCCGUAUUAGGUAUGUAAGGUGCCCGCACUCUUUAAUUGCCGACUUUCUUUACGUCGGUUACUUCACCCAUAACCUGACAACACCCUUCUACGUUUAACUCCUGUAAUAGUCGUGUGCCAAUAAUUGAGAAUUCCAUAAAUCGUAUUUUGAACGUGACCUUUCUUAACACCGAGAUCAUGCGAUCAAUGAACUGUAAUUUGUAUUGUGUUAGUGCACCGGGCUCAAUUUUUAAUUACACUCGCAUAGGUAUAUCUUUUUUUUUACUAUUUCAGUGUGUAGUGCAUACAUUAAAUUGUUAAUUUUUUUGUUUUUAACUAUACUACUUUUAUAAGAUUAUCAUUGCGAUACCAAAAUUUGAUACAUUUACAAUAAUUAAGUACCUAUCUAUUCACUGUCGCAUAAUCAUAUGCAAUUAAGACUAAUUUUAAGGUCGUUUUUAUAACGUUCUGUAAAUGUUGGUUAACGUACAGAAUUUUCCUGGUUUGCUGUAAAAAAACAGCCGCCAGUUAACUCUAACUUACACAUUACGGGUUAUUUUAAGAAACACUCGUAAGUUGUCUAGAGUAAUGUCAAUGACAUAAUUAAAAAUGGAAAAAUUAACCUCUUAAGCAAGACAACAUUAUAUGUUUCUUCUUAUGGUUUAAAUACGAAGCUUUAAUAAUUCAUUUUUAUUAUAUUCUAUUCUUUUUAACUAUCUUAGUUUUUUUUUUUUUAUUUAUGACUAUUAAAUACAAUUGUAUAUAAUUAUAACACGGACAAUAUUAUCUAAAAGAAGGCUAUUUAGUGUAACGUUGGGUCUUAAGAGUAUUGGAAGUGGUGAUUUUCUAUCUUUAUCUUACACUCCUGUAACAUAAGAAUUUAGACGUGUUCUAUUUCCAACGUACUAAUUGGUUUAGUGAACCGAUAAGAAUUCUGAAAACAGAUUUGAACUUUUCUUCAAGUCUACUUGGAAUUAAUUUUUUACCUUUUUUUUGAUUUUUGGUUUUAUUUUCAUUCAAAAUAAAAUUAUUUCAUUUUUUAAUUACUCCUUUUUUUUUAUGGCUUUUUUAGAAUUUAGGGGACUAAAAUAAAAAAUAAGAAAAGUCAAUUUCAAGUGGACUUGUCCACAAAUUCAAAUAUGUUUUCAGUAUAUCGCUUCACUAGACUUAUCUGUAAAUUUGAAAUAGAACACGUUUAAAUUCCUAUGUGUACAAGACAAAGACUUUCAAUCACUUUAAUGAUUUUAAUCACUUUAAUGACUUACGUUAUAUAUUGAUAGGUAAUACUAUCUGCUUGCAUUUUUUAUAAACAAAAUCAAUUUCUUAUUACAUUGUUGGAUUUAUAUUAUUACCUAUUGUUUUAGAGAACUAAAUAUUAUAAUGACAGUAUUAUUUAUAUUAUUAUUCAAUAGAUAUUAAAAUUUAUGUAUAAUUCUAAACAAUUUAUUAGUUCAAAAAUGUAUGCAAAUUAGUUCUUAUUUUUUAAAAAAAAUGUAUAGUGGUUUUUAUUUCUUCUCUUGUAUUAUUUUAGAGUAAAACAUUUGAAACGGAAUUUAUAUUUGAGUACAGUGUACUCCCGAUUAUCCGCCGUCUUCCACGGAAUCGUCUACAUAUCUAUAUGUAUACAAAAAAAUAUAUAUGUAUUGUAUCUUUCCAUUAUAAAUCAUUAUAGGUUUAAUUGGGUUGUGAAUUUGUCAUAGUCGAUAACUCGAUAAUGACGUAAAAUAUGCUUUAUCAAUACACAUUAUGUUAUGUUCCUUUAAUACUAGACCCUCGAAUGUACAUUGUACAUCAUUAUCGGUUAAAUUGCGAAUUAUCCGCGGAAUUCGUUUAUUCGUGGAUAUCCUGCCAUCCUAUUCCACGGAUAAUCGGGAGUACACUGUAAUAGCAUCAUGAAUAUUUUAAAAACGUAGGUAAGAAAGGUAUUUUUGAUAUUUUAGAUAUUUUUAUUAUGUACCUGUAUCAUUAAGGCAUAAAAAAAAAUAUUGAAAUAUUGAGUGGUGAAAUUAAACUAUAUCAAAAGUGGUUUUUAUACAGAUACUUAUACACAAAUUUUAUUAAUAGAUAAUAGAUAAGCCAAGAACAAUCAUUUUUUUUUUUAGUUUUUGACUAGUUUCGGAGUGUUGGCUGGUGGAGGUAGUUCCCUUCUUUAUGCACUUGAACAAUCAAUCCAUGCAUCGAAUGAUGCAGCUCCCUUAGCAAAACAGAAAUGGAACCAUAGAGGUUGGUUUGAUACUUUAGACCAUGCAAGGUAAGCAUAAUAUUUUGUUUUUUUUUUUUUUUUUCAUAAUAUCAAAUAAAGAAUAUAAUAUUGAAUUAUUUUAUAGCGUUCGUCGUGGUUGGGAAAUUUACAAAAAUGUAUGUGCAGCAUGCCACAGUGUUGAAUAUUUAGCAUAUCGUGAAUUAGUGGGCGUAUGCUUGACUGAAGCCGAAGCCAAAGCUGAAGCUGCUGAACAAUUGGUAAGUAAAAAGUAUUUCAAAUUAACAUAAUAUUUUAUAAUAAAAAUAUUUGCCUUAUUGUAUUCAAUUUAGAUUGAAGAUGGCCCUGAUGAAACUGGAGCCAUGUACAAGAGACCAGGAAAAUUAUCUGAUAUAUUACCAAAACCAUAUCCAAAUGAAGAAGCUGCUCGUUAUGCUAACAAUGGUGCCUAUCCUCCUGAUUUGACUUAUAUUACUCAAGCAAGAAUAGAUGGAGAGGUAAUUUUUUAAAUAAUAAUUGAACUGUCAUAUGUUUAUGAAGGCAACACAAUUAUUUAGCACAGUGUUGUUUUUUUAGGAUUAGAGUUUCUUAUUAUUUAUUAUACAAAAUAUGUUGUUAGAGUAGUCAACUUUUUCAUAAUUAAGUUUAUCAGAACUCUUUAAUGGCUAGUUAAAAUUAUAAAUGCAUUAUAUUAUUUGAAUUUGACUGGGAUUUUAUAUUGUAUCUUAAGAUACAAUAUUAAAUGUAUGAUGUAUGAAUAUUUUUCAUUAAAUAUCCUCAACUUUCAGUAAACAUAUUCUAGUAAAAAACGGUAAAAUAGGCAUAUAAAAGUUUAAAAAAGUAUAAUAAUGUAUGAAAAAAGAGCUGACACUGUUGCUGAUGGGUACACCACUGUUUUAUAGGGGAGAGUAGGAUACAUAAAGUUAUUCUUAUCUGUAAGCAACAAUAAACCAUAUGCAAAAUUUGAUUUUAAAACUUAAGAAAAAAAAAUUUUACCACUAAGUACAACUUUUAAUGAACCUUGUGUCAAAUUGUCAAACAGUUAUAUUCAUAUAGUAUUUACAGCAUAGGUUCUUAACCUUUUUUUGGUUAUGGUCCUCUUUCAAGUAUAAACUAUAACCAUGGACCCCCUCAAAAUAACUACAUUUUUAAUUAAAAUUAUUUUUUAAUGCUAAUAAUAUAAGACUUUGUAAAUACAUAAUUUUGUUUAUUCACAUUUAGGAUACAUCAUACAUACGAAUAAUUGUUUGGUGUUUUUUUAAGGUUCAUUGUGAUAUUUGUUGUUGUCUUAAUUUUAUUGAAAAGUCGGUGAUUUAUUAAUGCUCUAGCUCUGAUAAAAUUCACAACUUUGACUGCAAUUGUCAUUAUCUCUUUUAGAUCCGUUGGUAAAGUUUUACACGCCAAAGCGUAUUGAUGAAGAAAGUAAUGAGUGUUAUGAUGUCAGUAAUUUCUUUCUUUAUCAAAGCUGUGAAACCAGAUGAUUUACCAAGCAUCGCAGGAGCGCCAUUGGUGCACAGUGAACCGAGAUUUUUCUUAUAAUUUAUUUUAUGUUUUGAAAAAAAAUUGGUUAUCAUUUCAAACACAUCUAUUGCCUUUGUACUUUCCAAAAGUGGUUGGCAAAAUAGGAAUUCGUCUUUAAUAGUCUCAGAACACAUAUAACGCACAAAAACUAAUAAUUGGCUGCAUUAAGAAAAUGUCAGUACUUUCAUCCAGUUGCAUACUUAACGGAAAAGAGGUAGAAUUUAAUUCUGAAAUUACUUGUUUUAAAAUAUUAUUUGGCAUAUAAGAGCGAAUAGUGUCAUUUGACAAAGGUACAGCUUCAAUUUUUUUCGUUCUAAACCACAAACCAAUUCUACCAUUUUUAAUGCACAUGGUUUUAUUAAUAAUUCUCUGAUAGUAUGUGAUUUCUUAUUUCUAGCAAUGCGGUACGCUACUUUGUAAGAUGCUUCGAGACAUGAUUUUUGUGGAAGUACAAAUACAAGUUUGGUUAAUGUACCACCUUUUUCAAAACAUGCCUUUUUUGUUUGAAAGACUUCCAAAUAAUCUGAUGAAUGUUGAGGCUGUAAUGAAUCAUGUUCUUUGAGUUUUACUGGUUUCAUGCUUCCAUUUCCAAUUUUUCCGCAAUUAAAACAUUGUGGUUUUUGGUUGUUACAAUCGGUAAUAAAUGUAAAACCAUACAAUGUAUAUGAGUUAUAUUUUCUUUUUUUUGACAUUGACAUAAUAUGUUUUCAACAAAAUAAAAAUAAAAGAAUACGUAAACUGGAAUAAUUAUAAUGAGCAAAUAAUCAAUGUGUAAUGUGUAGGUGACAAAACACAAUUUAACGAGACACUAUAUGCAGCACAACGCAGUAUAGUGAGAGCUGGAGUUUUCGUGUUCAGUUAAAAUUGUUAAAUUGUAUUGUCACAGUAAUCAUAAAUGUCAUAAUCUAGAUAUGAUAUUGUAUGAACUAAUAAUUAUUGGUUUUCCCGGUGUGUUUUGAGUGACCGAGCGAACAUUUUUUAUCUUAACAGACGAUUUUGAUUUAUCGAAUAAUUUGAAACAAAUUUAUAUUUAGGUAAUUUUAAAAAUCUCACCAAUUUUGUGGACACCCAGUUAUCCUCUAUGGACUCCCUAAGGGUCUAUGGACCACUGGUUAAGAACCCGGAUCUACAGAAUAUAAACUAAAUUUAAAAAAAACAGACAUAAAGUGCCUAUUAAUAACUCAAAAUGUUUUGCUAAUUUUAUGUUUAUUAAAGACGGCAAAUUUCCACUCUACAAAUAUUUUUCAUUGAAUUACAAGAAGAAAAAAGAAUACAAUACUUAAACUAAUGAAACAUAUUUUUAAAUAUUCCUGUUUUUUUUUUACAUCAUUUCUCAAGUUUUCCCUAUAAUUAUUAUACAUAAUUUAAAUGUAUGAAUAUCUCCUUUAGUUUUCUUAAAUGUGUAUUUUCUAAAUUAGUGAAAUAUAAUACAAUACACAAUAUUAUUCAUUAGGUAUUUAUAUUUAAAAAUGUAGUUAUUUUUGCAUAAAAAAUAAUUAAAAUAUUAAUUAAUAACAUCUGUAUAACUGGUCAACAUUUGGGCAUUUUCUAUUUGACAAUAGAAUAGACAUCUUGAUCUUAUCUAUCUUCAUACUAUUGGUUUUGUUGAAAUUCAAAGAAUAGGGUAUAUUAUGUAUAGAAUAAAAAUACAACUACUUGUGAAUUAUGAAAUGCUAAUUAAGAAACUUAAACAAUUUCAGAACUAUAUUUUCUCUUUGUUAACUGGAUACAUGGAUCCUCCUGCGGGUGUACAACUUGCUGAAAAUCAACACUACAAUCCUUAUUUCCCUGGCGGUGCAAUUGGUAUGGCUCAAGCUUUAUAUGAUGAGGUAAUAAUUUUUAAACAAAUAAAAUAUUUAAUUAUUUAUUUCUGUUAUUGUUGCAAACUAGUUGUAACCAUAGUUUUUGUAAAAAAGUAACUAAUCACAUAUAAAUAAAUCAUAUUUAACAAUGAACUAUUUUAGAUAAUUGAAUAUGGAGAUGGUACACCUGCUACUCAAAGUCAAUGCGCUAAGGAUGUAGUUACAUUCUUGAAAUGGUGUGGAGAGCCUGAACACGAUACUAGAAAAUUGUUUGCAAUGAAAGUACGUAAAAAAUAAUUUAUUUUAAAUCAUUUUAGUUAUUAAUUUUUUUUAAAUAAUUUGUUUAGGCGUUCACAUUAUUAGGAAUUUUGAACUUGGUUGUAUGGUACUUACAUCGACACUAUUGGUCCGUGCUAAAGAGCCGUAAAGUUUUGCAAAGUCCUAAAUCGUUUUUCAAAAAGUAAAUUGUUCUAUGAUGGUAGUAGCUAAAAGUUAAAAACCCUAUGAGAUUAAUUUAUUUUUAAAACAUGUAUGUUAAUUUCAUUGUUCAAGUAAUAGCAAAAUAUCCAUCAAUUUUUAUAAGUACCAACAAUAAAAUUUGCAAAAUUGCCUGAACAUUUUUGUCUAUAGUAUAUUAUUCACCAAUACAAAUUCAAGCAUUAGUUACUAAUACAUCAUUUUCAUUCCUAUUUUACUCCUUAAUAUUUUGAUGGUUAAUUGUUAUACAAUAACUUCAAACUGUAGUUUGAAAAAAUACAUCUAUAAUAAAUAGUAAAAUUUGCUUUUAUCUUUUAUAACUGACAAAAUAAAUUACUAUGAUAUUAAUAUUAAAUACUUUUCAACUUAUCUUAAUUUUAUAAGUAAUUUUAGAUUUCAGCUUUUAACAUUUAGGAUGAUUAUGUAAUGUUUGUCAUUGUAUAUUUAUUGAAAUUAUAUCUAUGAAUUUUAUUUGUAUUAUUUUUAAUCUACAGUUUGAAUUAUACAACUUGUUAUAGUAUUAAUGUGUAAUUAUAUUAUAAUUUAACAGUUUACAAUUUACUGUAUAAUUAUUUAUAUUUAAAAUGUCCAUUUUUAGAAAAAAAAAAAAAACAGAUUAUUUGAUAAUUGACAAUUAUUUAUGCAAAUAUUGUAGCAUACAUAUUUUAAUAUCCAUGUGGCACAUAAACUUAUUUAAAAUUCAUCUAUCGAGUUAAAAUUUAUUUAAUUUAUAACUAUUAUAAUUUGUAAUUAGUGUAGUAAAAAAAAAUAGUGAAAUUUACAAAGUCUCAUUUUAUGCAAAAUAAUUUUAGUUAUUGUUUAGUCUUUAAGACUUAAUAUUAAAACACAAGUUAUUAAUCAUCAUAUACUUUAUUGUAUAUUUGUUUUUUCACAUCUUGAAAUAAGUCUAGCUAAUAUUUUGAUGUACAUUUUGAAAUCUUUAAAUCUGCACAAGUUAAAUGUGUUCUGUAACCAGUUGUAUCUAUGAGUUUAAAUUUUAAAUAAUCAUAUUUCAACUUUUUGCCAUUUUUUUUUUACUCAUUACCCAUCAGUAAAUUAAUUAAUUACUACUGUAAAAAAGUUAAACCUACAUAAAUUUGGAUUUUUAUGGAUUAACAAAAUAUCUUUGCUUUUUAAUUCAAAUGAGGAAACAGAUUCUUAAGGUUAGUUAUCUAUCACACAAUGUGGGGAGUUUGACUGGAACAAUCUGAAUAUUAUUUCUCUUAUUAUCUAAUUGUACCUUGUAAAUGCAAAAAGAACAAUCCUAUUAAUAACAACAAGUAUAUUUAUGUCUGCAUAACUCUCAAACAUUUAAAACAAAAAAACCAUAAAACUGUUCAAUGAUAAUGUAUAUAGUUAUAUAUAUAUAUAUAUAUAUAUAUAUAGUUUUCAAUAAUGUUAUUUCAUAAUAAAAUAAUUAAGUAAAAACAAAAUUAUUAAAAUAGUUAAUACUUGUAAAUAAAUAUGUAAAUAAAAAAUGUAGGUAUAUAUAAAAAUAAAAAAAAUGAAUGCAUCACCUGGAGUAUACCACUCCAGGCAUGCAUUCAUUAAUUUAUAUAUAUUUUCUUAUGUAUAUAAUUUUUUUAUUUAUAUAUUUAUUUACUAGUGUUAUUUAAUUAAUUAUGACUACUCUUUAUCUAUAUAUGUUGUAAUAAUUUUGUGAAUAACAAAGGAAAAUAAAAUCAUUAUAGGCAUUGAUUAUACAAUAUUAUUAUAUUAUACAGUUUAUACUAUUUGGCAGGUUGUAGUUAUUAUACUAAUACUUAUUACAUACAAAGUCCCAAAUUAAAGAUUAAAUUACAUUUGAGUAAUUGGGGUUUUUAUUUAAUGGGUGAAUCCAUAUUUCUUUUUUUUAUAAAAUUUUCUUCUAAAUUGUAUAGUGUGCAUUACAUGAAAAUUACAGUACCUAAAAUAGAUGACAUUCUGACAACUGAAUUAUGUUUUUCCUAAAGGUAUUUUGUCUAGGUUGUGUGCACAUUACAAAAACAAAUUGUUUUUAGUUUACUUAUACAAAAAUGACCAACACUAUCUAAAAUAGUUUUGCUCUUGGUGGACAGCUGUAUCCUAUGGAUAAAGUAUAAUUAUUAAUAUUGAAUAGGUAUACAUAGAUAAACAUAGAAAUCUGUCUAUUGUAUAAUCAAUGUUUAUAGCUAUUUCAAACUUGUAGUUAGUGAUUUCCAACUUUUUUGUAUUCUACAUCCCUUAAAUUUGUUCAAAAUUCUCACUACCCUCAUUAAUAUAGACCCCCCACUAGCUGGCCGAGGAGCCAAAAUAGAUUCUCAUCCCGCAUUCUCGGGUUGACCUACCGAUGUCAACCAAAAACCUAGUCGGUACCCCGGACGGGGGAGCCCCACUUCACACUGGACUGGCCUGGCCGCUCCAGACUUAGUGCACCCUAGGUUGAGGAAUCUAACUCGGCUGAAACGUGGUGGCUGUGGGACAGGCGCGAGAUAGUAAAGCUCAAACACUGCACCUAGUGGAUGAACGGGAACCCAUCCCGGUCGCGAGAAAGGUACGGGCCUCAAAAGCCCAGGGCCGAUAUUCCCUCCAAAGAUCCUGGACCAGCAGCGGCCCUCCAGCACCAUGACUGUUAGUAUAAAAAAAAAACAUGACUUUUUAGUUAUACUGUGUUCAGAUAGAUAAUAAUAUAAUGCAAUGUUAAUAAUUGUAUUAUUAUAUUGUGUGGUAG